AAAAUCACCACCUAGCAAUUUUCAACCUCGCCUGGAACAACUCGGUAGAUCACAAACACACGCUUCCUAAGUCAUUCUACAUUCACAUCAGUCCCGUUGAAUGAGCACCACGGACACUCCGACAUGCCUGGCAUUUUCGCCCGAUGGCCAGAAAAUCGCGAGCGGUACUGCUUGUUCGGGGGUGACCAUUACCGACAUAUCGUCGAAGAGCAAGUACCAGCUAGAAAUGCUUGCAGAUGCCCAUACGCAUAUAACUGCUGUGGCAUGGUCUCCUGACGGACAAAAAAUUAUAAGCGCAUCACCAGACCAUACGAUACGUUGCUGGUAUGCUACUUCAACACACCUUGUAGGACCACCAUUUGGAGAGCACGAUGACUUGAUCCUUGCUGUGGGAUUUCUUCCUGACUCAUCUCACGCAGUAAGCUUGUCAAGGGAUGGAGAGUUGCUUGUAUGGGACACGGGGAGCGGGGCAAUCACUCAACGAGUAACUGUGUCAAAUGCUGCUCAAACCAUUUUCGUGGCAGCUCUGUCUGUCGAUAGUACUCUCCUUGUCACUAGCGAUACAAAGGGGGGUGUUGCGUGGGAGAUACCAAAGUGUGUGCGAAUAGCGGAGAUCACGCUUCCAGAUAUACCAUUGCUUCAAGCCGCUAUUAUACCGAACAAUCGUCCUCGAGUAGUACUUGCAUUUGGCGACAAGUCUUUCUGGACAUGGGAUGUGAAUACGGGGAAGCAUGACGAUGCGCGCUUCGAAGGCCUUAAUGGAGAUGAUAUCCCCUUUGCCAUGGCAGCUUCUCCAAAUGGCAAGCUUUUGGCGCUGGAAAUUGAUGGCGACGUCGAUCACCCCACACAUUUCUAUGACAUAAAGGGCCACGAAUUCACUACCUCCGAUGUGAAAUGUACCCAUCCAUUUGCAUUCUCGCCGGACGGCAAUUUUUUUGCAGCUUCGAGCGUGCCCUCGGAUUCGAAGGACGGCUCUUCUAAUCUAAUCAUACGUUCAGUGGAAGAGAUUCUUGGUUGCAGCCCCCUUGAUGUGAGAUUUAGGUUUAUGGUAGAAUACUAAACUCAUGGUAUGCAACAGUUCCCUGCAACAAUCAGCGCGAAGGCCAAAGGAAAACAACGUUCGUUGGGACACAACCCGGCGUUCUUCGAUCAACCGCCACAUCCUUCUGGCAGU